UCGCCGCCGCCCCCGCCCGGCGCUCCCGUCUCGCAGCCGCCGCGCCCGCCAGCGCCGCUCCUGCCUGCGCUCCACUUGGUACGGCCCACCCCGGGGAUCAUGGCGAUUGAUGGUGGAGAACGAACUUGUGGUGUACAUGAGCUAAUCUGCAUUAGGAAAGUAUCUCCUGAAGCAAUUGGAUUCCUGUCUGCUGUUGGGGUGUUCAUUAUUCUCAUGUUACUGCUUUUCCUAUAUAUUAAUAAGAAGAUGUGUUUUGAAAAUGUUAGUGGUUUCCCAGAUCUCGAUUCAGGAUACACUACAAGAAAGAAUUCACAAGAUCAACUUUACAACUCAUAUAUGAGUAAAGACCAGCAUGGUUCAUCAUCUGAGAGUGAAGAUGAAGCACUGGGUAAAUAUCAUGAGGCCUUGUCUAGAACCCAGAGUUCCAGGCUGCCAGUGGUGGAUGGCAGACAGCAAAAAAACUAUGUAUGGGAAACCAGACAAAAAUAUAGUCCCCUGUCUGCAGAAUAUGAUGGAUACAGUAGUGAAGCCUCAAUAGAUGAAGCAAGCUGCAUUCAAAGGAUGAGAAGAACACCUCCGCUAGAUGAACUGCAGCCGCCUCCGUACCAGGAUGAUAGUGGUUCUCCUCAUCUUUCGUGUACACCUUCUGAAGUCGGAGACAGCAAAUGUGAAUUUUCCCACUGUAGCAACAGUCCAAGAUGUUCAUAUAAGUGCCCAAGUGAGGGAAGCACAGGACACGAAAUAGAAAGCUUCCAUAACAAAGGAUACGAAGAGGAUGUACCGAGUGAUAGCACAGCUGUCCUUAGUCCAGAGGAUAUGUCAGCUCGAGGAUCAUCUUCACAGCUUCCUAAACCUUUUGAUCCUGAGCCAGUAGCUAAAUAUGGCACACUGGAUGUGACUUUUGACUAUGACUCACAGGAACAGAAGCUUUUGGUGACAGUGACAGCUGUCACAGACAUUCCCACAUACAGCAGGGCAGGUGGAAGCUCGUGGCAAGUACACCUAGUUCUUCUCCCUAUAAAGAAGCAGAGAGCAAAAACCAGCAUCCAGCGGGGACCGUGCCCUGUCUUCACAGAGACAUUCAAAUUUAAUCACGUUGAGUCUGAGAUGAUUGGGAAUUAUGCAGUUCGCUUUAGACUGUACAGCGUACGUCGCAUGAAAAAAGAGAGGAUUGUGGGAGAAAAGAUUUUUUACUUAACAAAAUUGAAUCUUCAAGGGAAGAUGUCAGUGCCAGUGAUACUGGAACCUUCUUACAGUCCGUCUGGUUGCGACUCUCAAAUGAGCAUGUCAGAAGUGUCCUGCAGUGAAAGUACCUCCUCUUGUCAGUCGCUGGUACAUGGCUCAGCUCCAGAAAUCCUCGUUGGCCUCCUUUAUAACGCUACAACGGGAAGAUUAUCAGCAGAAGUGAUAAAAGGCAGCCACUUCAAAAACUUGGCAGCGAACAGACCACCCAAUACGUAUGUUAAGUUAACACUGCUGAACUCGAUGGGGCAAGAGAUGUCCAAAUGCAAAACUUCGAUCCGCCGAGGACAGCCAAAUCCUGUAUACAAAGAAACCUUCGUUUUCCAAGUGGCGCUGUUUCAGCUCUCAGAUGUGACGCUCAUACUGUCUGUAUAUAAUAAGCGCAGCAUGAAACGAAAAGAGAUGAUAGGGUGGAUUUCCUUAGGUCUCAACAGCUCAGGAGAAGAUGAACUCAAUCACUGGACUGAAAUGAAGGAAUCUAAAGGACGGCAAGUGUGCAGAUGGCAUACUUUACUAGAAUCGUGACAGGCAGUACAAAGCGCAGGCGUGGUUUUAAGGGAGUUUGGACUCUCAAGAAGAUGAUCAUCCUCGGUCACAAUCGACAGUUUUGUUGUGGAAGUGAAAAAGGGGACUUGAGGUCAACAUUCCAUCAUAAAGAACACACAACAUGCAAAAUGGCGGGGUUUAAUAUAUAAUCACUUAGUGUCAGGCACUCCUUGGUGUCAGAGAAGCCUUGCUGUACACAGAUACAUUAGCGGUCCCUCCCCCAUCCACCUGAUGCUGUAGUUGUUUGCGUUUGUUUUGUGGUUUUCAGUUCAGAAACAUUUUAUAUAAGGUUCUCCAAAUUAAUGUAAGCUCCUCCUUGUGUACUUUUUGUAUUGCUCUAAUACUGUAGCUUCUCACCUGCCUGCAUUCAGAUUAAAGGUCAAUAAUUUGCACUUUGAGAACAAGUUAAUGAUCUGUAAAGCAAAAGGAAAAAAAACAACAAAAACCACCAGUGGAGAACACUUAGUAGUAGAGCAAAUAUGAAUAUACUGUUGUUUUACACUGAGUUUCUUUCCAGGAGCUUCAUACAAGGAAGCUUUCAUUUUUAUUUUUUUUUUAAUGCAGUUGGUUUGAAAAGUACUAGCAUUUGGGCAUCAGGUGAACUUUGACUUCAAAAUAAUGUUUCUUCAAUCUGUGACAGGAACGAGCUCCAUAUAUGGCAUAAAUUGGGUUUUUCCCUCUUGCCUGUAGUUCUGCCUAGUCCAAAGAGACCAGAUCAUUAGUUUGGUCCCUUCCAAAUCUCCUUAGACAGGUUGUACUGUAAAACUAUGUAACUUUCUGUUGAAAGCACUUCCUGUAUUCAUGUAUUCCAAUGUAGGAAGCUCAUAGAGCACGAGUUUACUAAAAUCUAUUUUCAUUAAACAAAUCGAUACCAAUUUAUUUAAAAUGUCAGCAGUUGGAAGUUAGGCUGAAAUGCUGCAGAGGAAGUGCAAAUGAAUGCAAAAUAUUAUGGCUUUGGUUGAAAUAGGUGUCCAUUUGAGUCCCUUCUGAGCUGUUUUAGGGAUUACCACAUGAUGUUGGUUGAAGUCAAGAGCAGAUCAGGAGUUUUUACCUUUCUUCUUGGAGAAGAGAACAUCAGUAAGUUAUUUUUCUAGUGAUUUGCCAGCGAUUUGAAUGAAUGUUUACACCCAAAAUAGAAGUUUGCUUUGCUUAUGUUCAUGUUGGGCAACACAGCUUUCUAACGACACAGUCGAGGAGCCGCAGUAUCACAAGAAGGUUUGCUGUCACAUAAACACUCAUGGCUUCCACUGAAAUUAGGGAAAUAGCAGUGCUUCUGAGACUCCUCUUUGUCCCAGAUACUUUAAUUGGGAUCAAACUGAAUUACUGACUGCUGAAUCUAACUCAUAUUACUGAAAUUGUGGCUUAUUGAGUAAAUGUAUUGUUUAAAAACUUCCCAAUUCAAAUAUUCCUUCUGCCUGUAAUUAUGUUUCACUUAUUUUUAAUUGUUGUUGUGUAGAAAGCAAAGCUUUUUUUCAUAUAAAUGAUGGUGAUGUCUUACUAAUAUGAGACCUCACUGAUUGUUGUAGCGGUUGGUAGGUAGAAGAGUGAAGUUCUGGAUUUUGUUGAGAGAAAUAGUAGUAGCCUGGAGUGUUCUCAUUAGGACAAAAGUUUUUCACUUGAAUUUCUUUAAAAUACCUUUGAAGAAUCCUGGCUUUAGGGUACACAGUCAGUCAAGUACAGCGAGAUUGAAGACAGUGAGUAUGCUGUAAUAAAUAUAUUUAACGUGGUUCUCAAAUUCUCACACUACUUAAUGAUUUAAUUAAGUCAUUUUUAAAGGGUAUGGUAAUUCCACUUCUUGGUUUAUUUGGUGCCUUUUGAGGGGUUUAUUUGCAGACCCAGGCUUUCAGUUUGUAUUGAUUUAAAGCAUUACAACACUACUUUUUUUUUUUUUCCCCUGGUAUUGCACUGCUGCUUCAUUUACAGAAGAUUUAUUUACUAAUUACAAAUAAUGCAGAAACUUUCUUUAAAAAGGAAUGAUCUUGCAGUAAUAUAACACAAGUCAUCUCUUUCAGUCCUUUUUGUUGCUCAGUUUGUGAAAUGUAAUGCUGACUGUAUAAUUUAAUAAAAAAAUCAACAUUAAUGUUAUAUGCAUAAGAAA